CACCCCACACCUUAUAUGCGACGUCGCCGCCACAACACACAAAGACACGACCAGCGAGCGCCCACUGCCCACACAAAGGCCACGAAACACGAGACCCAGCCAGCCAGACUGCCACCGAUCGAAACGGCAUCUCUUGGUUCGAAACGCCGCCGCCGAGUGACGUCAGCGCCCUUCACGAACGCGUGCUCGGCGCCGAUCGACACGCACAACGCCGCGGCCGAGGAAGCCGCCCUGCCGAGGAGGAUGCCUUCGGCCCCGGAGGCACCAUCCUCGUCCGGCCUCGGCCUGCAGAGGAUGCGCGGCUACGUGACCCUGUCGCUCAGGACGCCCGGUCAGGAGGAGGAGCCCCCGACCGUGUCUCUCUCGCUCUCGCUCAACACCACGCCUCCGCCGCCGGGUCAUCAUCCGGUUGAGGAGGAGGACCCCGCGACGGCGGCGGCGGCGGCCGUGCAGCAGCCCCGCGGCGGCGACAAGGCCAUGUCCGAGGCGUACGGCGCCAUCGCCAACAUGGCGGCGCGGCUCGGGAUCGCGGCGGGCGCGCGUGACCGCGCGGUGGAGGUGUUCCUGAGGAUGGAGGAGCGCAAGGGCAAGGCGCACCACUACUACACCAAGGGCGCCGGGCGGAGCGGCGACGCGCUGUACGCGGCGUGCCUCUACGUGGCUUGCCGCCGCGCGGGGGCGCCGCGGACGUUCAAGGAGCUGGCGGCGGCGACGCGCGACGGGCCCGCGGCGAGGAAAGACAUCGGCAAGCUCAUCGCGCUCAUCCGGAAGCGCCUCGGGGACGAGGCCGGCGGCGGGGAGGCCAUGAUGGACAUCGGCGUCGUGCGCGCGGCGGACUACGUGGCGCGCUUCGGCUCGCAGCUGGGGAUGGAGGCAGGCGAAGUGCGCGCCGUGCAGGAGGCCGCGCGGAGGAUGCAGGACCAGCUCGACGUGCGCCGCAACCCGGACUCCACCGCCGCCGCCAUCAUCUACAUGGCCAUGGAACGCCGGGCUGGCGCCGGGAGGUCCAUCCGGGACGUGUCCGCGGCCACCGGCGUCGCCGAGAACACCAUCAAGCAGGCGUACAGGGAACUCUACCCGCACGCCGACAUGCUCUUCGGCUGAAGUAGGGCGACAUUAUUAUUAUCGGCUUUGCUUGUAUAUAUGGUUCCUUUUGGUUAUAGCUGAUCUGUUUCUUUAAUGGCAUUCCCUUGUUUCCGUAACAAGACGAAUUCAUCUAUCAUUUGGAAUAUAUAUAAUAUCUGUAACAAAAAUAUUAUUUCAUCUUCUAUCUCUUCUUCUAAACCUAAAGUGUAAAGAGUUGU